CUCCCCAUAAAGCGGCAGGAGGAGGAGGAGGAGGAGAGAGAGAGAGAGGAGGAGGAGAGAGAGAGAGGAGGAGAGAGAGUCAGUGAGGCCGGAUGCUCCGCACAGAGACACCGGACCACAGAGGUGCUGCUGCCGCUGCUGCUGCUGCUGUGGGUCGCUGCUCUCCGUCAGCCUGCAGCCUUAUGACGGAGCUGCUGUGUGAACAUCCAAGAAAACAACAACAACAACAACAACAACAACAACAAACCAUCUGAAGCAGGUGUUCUGCAGACAAUGGCUCUCUCCUGGAUUCUGCUCGCGGCGUUCCUGUUCUCCAGCCUGGCACCGUCGCACAGCGCCGAGCCCGGAGCGCCUCACGGCAAGAGGAGACAGAGCUCGGCAGGUGGCGGCAACGUCCUGCAGCACCCUCUGCAAGGUCUGCAGGGCCACGGGUACGGCAGGGACCCCGGCGGGCACCAGGGGGCCCGUAAUGGCAAAGGUGGGGCCGGGCUGCUGUCCCACAGGCCUCUGCACCCGCUGGCCAGGCCAGAGGACGACGGGACGGGCCUGGAAGGGUUGAGCCCGGUGAGGCUGGAGAUGGGUCCGGGGAGGGACAGGGACAGAGGUCGAUUGAAUAUGAGGAGUCAAACCCAGACGAGGGAAAACAACCUUCUGGGGACACGCAAAGGGAGAGGGCACAGACACGGGCAGGGACACCACUUUGAGCCCAGGAGGCAAGGGAGCCGGCGAGACAAGGGACGACACGGUAAAGGUUUUCCUGUGGAGCCCGAGCUGAGGUCUUCGCUGAGGGACAGAGAUCUGUUCGAGGACACUCCCUUUUCCUCAUCCUCCCCCUUCUCCUCCCCCGCUGCCUCCCCCUCCCUCGGUGCGACCCCGCCCAGCGAACCCCCCUCCCCCAUCGGCGCCGCCUUUGGCUCCGGCUCCUCCAUGGUUACCACGGUGAUGAACGAGCAUCCCCCAACGCUGCCCCCGGCCUCCACCAAACCCCAGAGGUCUGGUCGGGGAAAAGGACAAGGCGAGGUGAUGCCAACGUUGGACAUGGCGCUCUUUGACUGGACAGACUACGAGGACAUGAAACCUGUGGACGCGUGGCCGGCCUCCAGGAAAAAAGACAAGAGGCGGAGUAAGAACCUGAGCAGCGGGAACGUGACUGAAGACGCUGACGCCACCGAGCCGUGCGACCACCACCUGGACUGUCUCCCCGGUUCCUGUUGUGACCUGAGACAACACGAGUGUCAAGCUCACAACCGAGGCCUCAACAACAAGUGCUACGACGACUGCAUGUGUGAGGACGGGUUUCGUUGCUACGCCAAAUUCCACCGGAAGCGGCGCGUCACCAGGAGGCGGGGCCGCUGCGUGGUGCCAGAGUCGGUCAGCAGCGACCAGGGAGGCUUCAUCACCAUCUGAUGAAGAGGAGGCACACGAGAGGAAGGAGAAAGAGGACGAACGACGACCCCGUGACCCCAAGACAUCACAUGACUCUGCUGACAAGUGCUUCACACUGAUGCUUCUUUUCUUUUUUUCUUACAGUAAAGAAUCUAAAUACCAAAACCAGCAGUUAAAUCUUAAGUAGACGUAGUUUAACUGGGAAAUCCUUGCGUUAUGAGUGUUGCAUUGUGGGAGAAUCCUCACCCAGCAAACCGCCAUCAUCAAGCCAUUGAUUUGUUCAGUGAAAAUGACAAGACAGACUUUUUAAAACUCCAGAUUCUUUUGAAAAUGAAUUAUAAAUUAGCGUUUAAUUGGUAGAAAAGUUUCAUUGUCAGAGUUUACGUUUGACUUUUCAACACAGUUACUGUUGGUUUCGUUAAAUUUUGAGGAAAUGACACAUUUUGAGAAUUUUAGAAAGAAACGCCUUUUCAAACAAUUCUCACCAUUUCUCAUGCAUUUGAUAUCUUUGAUGUUUUUGUCCCAGUCCGAGUCGAACAGUGUUUACAAAUCACUCAUUUAGUGCUGAGCUAACUGAACUGUGGACUUGCAGAUUAUUCUCUUGCUUCAGGACCAUUAGCAUCACUCACAGAAAUGCUGUCGGAACAGUAUUGUAAAUAUGAAUGUGUUUGAAUUGCCAAAAGUUAGUUUUUUUUAGAUUUUGAGACCCUUCAAAUGUACUAAACAGUAGAAAGAUAAACAAAGAUGCUCGUUCGACCUUCCUUAUAAAUGUCUUAAUAUAUGUUUUAUUUAUAAGGUUCUUCAAGACCUUUGUCUAUAUUGUGUUUUUCUGCCUUUUGUUUUGUUUUCAUGAUUAAACACUUACUACGAUAAAUAA